AUGGCAAUAAAGACGGUGGCUGUGUCUCCCAGGACGGGGAAUGUUCAUGCGCCUGUCCCAGGAAAUGGGGCAGCGGGCCCCAACCCUGAGCAUGCAGAGGCUCGGCUGGCGGCUGCACGUGAAGUAGCGACGACCAGCAGCAGAAGUAGGAACAGCAGCACAAGCAGCAACCACGGUGGCCACUGUGACAAACAGGUUCGCAUCAUGCAGCACCCAAGAGCCGCAGAAGCUACUACGAUAGUAGCUCCAGAAAUCCCUGGAGGGUCGGCAGCCGAAGCUGCAGCAUCCGCAGCAGCAACCGCAGCUGCCGUCCCUAAGGGAGAAGCAACCUCAGAAGCGACCGCAGAAACACUUGCUGCAGCAGCAGCGUCCACUCCGGCAUCAGCCUCAACAGGAGAAGCGUCAGCAGCGGCAACAGAUGAAGCAGAAGGGGGAGCAGCAGAAAGUGGCUCUGCUGCUGCGAGCAGAAGGGGAAGUGUGCUUGGCCGAUCGAGAAUAUCUGUGGAGGAGUUGCAGCGACUUUAUGGGCCCGACAAACGAACAAAUGCACAAGAUUGUACAUAUCCCCUCCGUGUUAUCCUCAGCUGCAAAGGCCUCCACGCGGAGUUCCAUCCCGAGAGUGGGUUGUCGACAGGUUCAACGAGUAAGAUAUUUCAGCACUAUGUCCUUAAGCAGCGUAUUGGCUCCGGUUCUUGGGGAGAGGUGUUCGUGGCCAUUGAACGGCUUUCUGGCAUACAGCGCGCCGUCAAGAGGAUACCCAAGAGCACCCCACACGCAGUGGCAAUGGCUCGGGAGGAGGUGGCACUGAUGCGGGAGAUGGACCAUCCAAACAUCGUCAAGGUUUUUGAGUGUUAUGACGACACUGCCUACUUCUUCGUGGUCAUGGAGUUGUGCCGUGGAGGGGAGUUGUUCGACGAGUUAGCUAAGACCGCCACAAGCGGGGGGCACUUGCCGGACGGCCGCCCGCGCCCGCGAUUCUCAAGACAAGAAGCUGCGCUGAUAAUGUACCAAGUGCUUUCUGCUGCUCACUGUUGCCACCAGCACGGCAUAUGCCACAGGGAUAUAAAGCCUGAGAACUUUCUAUUGGCUGAGCCUGGGAGCCUGACAUUGAAGCUGGCGGACUUUGGUUUGGCCCGCCGAUUCUCUCGACGUCGAAGCGUGCCCAGGAGAGAGUCCCUUAUGGACCUUGUGGAAGCAGCAGUUGCUGCUGCGACUCCUGCAGCUGCUCCUACUACUCCAUCUGCGUCGGCUGUACUCCUUGCUGCUCCUCUUACUGCUUCCGGCGAUGCAGCAGAAGGAGAACAAACAUGCAAAAGCCAAGCAACUGAGGGGGCCGUGGCGCAGCAGCAGCAGCAGCAGGAAGAAGAAACGAUGCUCCUGCAGUCUGUCGCCGGAACGGUUUGCUUUGCCGCGCCGGAGGUGCUACGGCUGUCAGCAGAUCUCGUGCAGAAGACUGAGGAGAUGCGGCGCCAGCAGCAAGGAGGAGGCACAGCUGCAGUGCAGCAGGAUAGUGAAGUGGGGGAGCAGGCUGAGGGCUCGCAGCAGCAGCUGCAACAGCAACAGCAGCAACAGUUGCACCCUUGGGGGUACGAUGGAGAACGCGCUGAUGCAUGGAGCUGCGGCGUCAUGCUCUACUUGCUGUUGUGUGGGGAGUUGCCUUUUGAUGGCCCCGAUGAUGCAGCUGUCGCCUACAAUGUAUUGCAUGGGAAGUUGAAGUUCACGCAUCCUGUGUGGAAGGAGGUAUCUGAAGAAACGCUGGAAUUGGUGAUUGCACUGUUGGAGCGGGAUCCGAACUGGCGGUUGCUUGUGGGGGAGGCACUGGGGAGCAGUUUCUUCAGUACAGACUCUUGGAUGGGCAGCGCCUCGGCUACGCCUUCUCGAAGGACUCCCGCUUGCUCCUUCGCCACAGCAACAGCAGCGUUGUCUUCAGUAGCAGCAGCAGCUGCUGCGGGGCUGGGGCUGCCGGAUGCUGCAUCAACAGGACCAGCAGCACCUGCUAGCUGUGCAGACACAAAGCAAACAGAUGCAGCUUCCUCUGGCUGUGCGGGGACACUUUGCCGAGGCACAGCAGGACCAGUUUCCCCGGAUGCCUCCCCAGCAGCAGCAGCAUCGGAAGCAGCACCAGAAACACCAGCAGUAGGAGCAGCAGACGAUAAGUGCCGCGUGGCAAACCCGUCUAUGGCCGCCGCCGCAACGGCCCGCCUUCUGCAGCGGCGGCUGGCGGGACUUCAUCGAAUUCUCGAGACAUGUGCUGCUGUUGCUGCUGCUCCCACAGCAGCAGAAGUCUCUGCCUGUCUUGCUUCCCUCCCGUUCAGCCGAGGCCACUCAGCCGUCCCCAAAUGGCCAUGGGAGCAGAAACCUGCUACUGCUGAUACUGCUAUUGCUGCUGCAAGCGACAAACGACUGGACGAGGCAGGCGAGCAGCAGCAGCAGGAGCAGCAGGGCGAGCAGAAGGAGAAGCAGCUGCAGCAGCAGCAAGCGGGGAUUAUGGGGACCCGCACUCGUUUAAAUUUCUUAGAAGACAGCAGCUGCUAUUUGUGUUGGUGUUCCAAUGCCUUCAUAGGGGGGCGCGGCAGUAUGAGCAGCAACAGCUGCUGCAGCGGCGGACGGAGCAGCAACUGCAACAGCAGCGGCCGUUCUUGCGCAGCGUUUUCUCCAGCAGGCGACGGGCUUAGUGGCAAGAGCUGGUCGUGCGCUACAGGCUGCCUCUCGCACCCAGGGGGGACGAGCAGCGCGUCGCCAGAUAGCUGUUCCUGCAGCCGCAGGUUUGUCAGCAGCAGCACCAACAGCAGCAGCAGUCGCAAUAUGUGUUUCGGCAGCUCCAACUACUCAAGCUGCAAAAGCGCACCGCCGUUGUCCUUGAGAAGGAGAAGGUACAAAAUAACUGCGAGAGCCCUAAUUGACUCGAUGGGCGGCGGCGUGCUGCGAAGGAAUGAGAGCAGCAGCCCCUGCAGCAGCAAAGCCAGCAGCAGGAGAGAAAGCAGCAGCCCAACAGAUGCGACUCUUCUCCCCAAUGGGGGCGACAUUUGGGUUCAGCAGGGCCCCCCCAGCUCAUCGCCGCGCUCGUUAGUUUGCUCCCCUUUCGAUGCUGUUGGUGCUGACGCUGGUGCUGCCGUUGCUGGUGCUGCUGCUGCGACUCCGGCCACCGCAGCGGCUCUCGCAGGAGCAACCGCUGCUGCCCUGACACUUGCGAUGCAGGAAGCUGCUGCAGCAGGAAGAGGGGCGCAAACCGUGCGCCACGGCGAGCAACAACAUCCACGCCAGAAGCAACAUCAACAAGAUCUGCAGCAGGACCUGCAGCAGGAGUUUCUGCAAGUGUCAUUGGGGGAACUGGGUGAGACGCAGGUGCCGAGACAGAGGGAGCCGCAUCUGCACAUUCCGAGGCGUGUUGCGCUGGCGUUGCACUGGCUGCAGGCUUUGACUUUAGCAAGCGACCCCAGCAGCAGCAGCAGCUACAGUAGCAAUGCUGCGGGGCUAGAAGGCGUGGGGUGUCUGGCUUCUAUCUGGUCAGGGCACCCCGAACAGCAACUGCUGGAGCAGGAGGGGGAUUUUAUCUGUACGUUGGGGCAGCAGGAGCUGCAUUUAUUGCACUACACUGUUGCCGCAGAAGAGCUGCUGAGACGGCUCCGUGCAGCAACCCAGGGGCCGUUGCUGCGACGGCAGGCGCUUCUGGCGCUGGCUGUUGCUGCUCGAGGCAGCGCCCCGCCUUCGCCGUGCCCCAGUGUGGGGCAGCAACUGCUGCAUCUGCCACAUAUGUGGGGUGAUCCCUUUUCGAAUCGCUGCAGCAACAACAAUAUUCAGAGUUGCAGCAGCAGCCGAGCAGACUUUGCUGCUGUUGGAGCAGGCGCAGAAGCGAGCUGCUGCUCCUGUAGAGGGGCUAGACCUCUCCCUGCGUGUUGCUGCCUCUGCCAUUCAGCGUCUAACCCAAGGUACCUGCCUGGCUGCAGCAGCCAUCAGACACUGGGGAUGUUGCAUGCAAGCUGCAGUAGUAGCAGCAGCAGACAGAUAUGCCAAACAGGGCACCUGCACUCAUCGAGCGUCGGCGACGUGCGAACUCAGCAGCAGCAGCAACGGCAGCACCAUUGGGGCGACAACCACAGCAGCUCCAUGCGGUGUCUGAAGUCGAGCCCGUGCAUACCCGAGCUGCAGGCCUGCAGCAACAGCAGCAGCAGCACCAGUGGCAGGCUGCGGGGACCUCGUAAUGAGGCGGGGGAGGAGCUUCUCCGUGAGCGGCGGCUGCUGCAGCUGCUGUUUUUGUCCUUCGAUAAGGACGGAGACGGGCUGCUCUCGUAUCGCGAUUUCGCUGACGGCAUGCUCUCGCUGCUUCUGCUGUCUGCCAUCUUGGGGCAGCUUGCGCUGCAUCCAGAAGAAGAUGCAGCACAAGAACAGGCGGCAGCAGCACUCGGCCUCGACACCCUGAUGACCCAACAGCAGCACAACCAGCAAAACCAGCAACAAAACCUAGCACAAACGCAGCAGCAGAAGGAGCAAGACCAGCCGCUGGAGCAGGUACAGCAUCAGCAGAAGCAGGCGAACGACCAGCCGCUGGAGCAGGUACAGCAGCAGCAGCACCAGGAGCAGCAACAAGAGGAAGAUGUUUGGGUCUCAUGGGUGUCUCGUUGGCUGGUCCUCCACUUCGAGCUACUGCUGCUGGGCGCAGAAAUCGAUGGAGACGGCAGCGGGGCGAUCGAGCUGUCGGAGUUCCUCGCGGCCACUUUGGAUUCCUCUCUUCUAGCAGCACAACCGUCUCUGCGCAAAGCAGCGUUUAGAAUGCUGGAUCGUUCUGGAGAUGGCGUGCUGGGGCUGGCUGAUCUGAAAGCGUGCGUGAAGGAGAAGUGCCUCAGUCGAGAAGACUCCGAGGCACUCGAUCUUCAGCUGCAGGCUAUUCUCAGCGCUGGAGAUGUGGAUGGGGACGGGCGGGUGACCCUUCAGCGUGGCCCUUCGUCUUUAUAA